AUGUCAGGUAUGAGCAAUUUUAGUAGACGUUCAAGUUUAACCGUGGACGGGCAGUCGCUGUUGGGAGCUGUCAAUCGCUUCGUGCAGGCCGUCGACGCAAUGGACGAUACGGUGAUGAUCCCAUGCCGGCUCAGAGACAUCCCGGUCGAUUCUUCCGUCUCUAUUCCCAGCGUUCGCGAAGAAAACAACAACAAUAAAGCUCUUAUACCAGUCCUGCAGUUGAACGGCGAUCUGUAUCAGUUCUACGUCAUGCUUCACGCUAUUAAAUCAGAGAUUAUCACCGGUCCUAACCCCGAGGAAGAGAUACAGAAUAGCAACAUCGUUUCGUCAUCAAUCGAUGAGAAAAUCAACGGUAGCGACCCCGUCAAUGAAAACGCCCGGAAAACGGCCGCAUCUUUCAGGUUUCACCUCCGAGGAUUGUUUGGGGUUUUACAUCAGAUGACAGAAACGGCGAAUUUCUUGAGCAGCCGGUAUGAAAGAGAAAUUACCUCUCAGAAUGGGGUGUCUUCUGUGUCGUCCUUCAACAUGUGA